UGGAGGGGACUGAUGAGUGAAACCUUUCGUCCUAUCGUUUCUUAUAACAGGGGGAUUGAAGCCGAAGGCGGUUAAUCAAAAUGCCUGAGGGGAUGGCAGACGGUGGGAAAAGGCUCGUAACGCUCGACGACCUCAUUGAUGCCUUGGAUAAGCGCGAGAGAGCGCCGAGCUAUGUCCCGAAGGUUGACACUUUCCACUUCAAGGGAGAACGGGUGUCCGACUGGCUGGAUCUGACAGAGCAGGCACUGCCAGUGGUACGGCUGUCGGAUGAGAUCAAGCUCCAACGAAUCCUAAGAUAUGUCCUCUAUAGCCAUCAUAAGGAGGUGGGCAAGGUUGUGGAUGCCGCCAAUGGUAGCUGGGCGAGGUUCAGGGACAUGAUGCAGAGAAAGUACAGGUUGGGGGAUGGCUUGUUGACCGCGGCAGAUUUGGAGGCCAUGAACAAGGAUGAAUUCUCCACGAUUGGGGCGUUUGUGCACGAGUUCAAAAGGAAGGCGAGGAAGGUGCACGAGAUUUCCGAAGAAACACAGUGUGCCAUAUUUUUGGGCCUACUGACUGGCGCGGAGGCCGCAGAGCUGAUAGGUCACGGGGGGGGGAAUGACAAACUCACCUGGGCCACUAUUGACAAAGGGGUGGAAGAGGGGAGCCUGGACCAGGUGGAACAGCAUCAGGUGCAGCUGCAAAGGCGUAAGAGAAAGGAAAGGGAUGCCACCGCAUCCGGGACCCCGGGGGUGAAGAGGAUCGUCACGGACGUAUUGGCAGCGCUGGGGUAUGAUAAUGAGGCGGAAGUGCAAAAGAGGGGGGUGACCGUGGCCCAAGGUCGGACAUCAGGGGCAGUGGAGGAGGAGGCUGGGUGCGAGGACUACGGCGGGGAAGAGACGGGCUCCCAGAUCUUGACCAACGCUCAGAGGAAGCAGCAGAAUUUACUAAUGGGGGGUUUAAUUUCCUCUUGUAUGGACGGGGAUAUAUAUGAUAAGUGGGGGGAGCAUAUCGACCCCAGGACCCCGGGAGGAAUCAGGCAAGAGGCUCUUAGGCGAGCGGCGGCAGGGCCAUCGGUACCCCCGGCCAUGUUCAGGAUGUGGCAGGAGAGAGAAGAGUCGGCCAUAAGAGUUGAGGAGAUUGUGGGGGAUAGUGAGGAGGUCACUCAGCGGCUAAAGGCAAAGACUAUAAGGGAGGAACCAAUAGUCGUCGAGUCGGAUGACGAGGGGCAGGGAGAUGAAAGAGAGCUGGCCAUACUCAUCCUGGAGAAGAUGGAAGAUCUGCUGGAGAAGGUGGGCAGGUACCAGCAGAAGUUGCAGACUCUAUGUGAAGAGGCCCUAAGGUGGGAAGCCAACCUGCCCGAGGUCUUCCUUUAUGACUCCGGACCUGAACCUUCGUCAGGACAACAGGGGUACCCAAGAGUGGCGACCGUAGGGACGGGCCCUAGGUCGGGUAUGACCUAUAAACCCCCCAUGUCGCAUGGGAGGGCGCCACAGGCAGCUCGGACCAGGAGCCAAAACAAGGCUAGGCCUAGCCAAGAGUCCAGUCAGGCGCCCUGUCAGGCACCCCCUCGGAAGGAGCCUGAGCCAGGAUGUAGGAGGGAGGUGGCGGAGGUUCCGGAGGAAGAGGAAGAGGAUGACGAUGAAGAGGAUGAGAGGCUCCGACAAGAGGAGGAUCAGCGGGCGGAGCUGAGGGCCAAAAAGAGAGGAGCCCGGGAGGAGGCCGAGCCAAGCCUGCCUGACAGCGUGCCUAAGAGGAAGAAGUACGCGGUCCGGAUGAAAGAAGGCUUUGAUAUGGAACGGAUGGUGGACAAGCUCCUGGAAGGCCACAAUGACUUGAUGAACUUAAAGGACAUCCUGGCGUCGGCGCCAAGGCUCCGUGGUGAGUUGAAAGACCGACUUUCGCGAAGGCUGGUACCGAAUGUCCACCUGAGUACGGUCCUGCCCAGGGAGGUGGAGUGGACUGAGGCAGGGACGAGAAUGGGUUGGAAAUGUGUGGCGUGCGGGCAGGUGGACCUGGUGAUAAAGAACCAGAAGUGCACUGGGAUGGUGGACACAGGCGCGGAGAUGAACAUCAUAAGGGAGAAGGAGGCGGUGAUGAUGGGGAUGGAGAUCGAUCGUUCGGAUCACGCGUGCGGGAACUAUGAAGUUAUCACCUGCCGAAACACGGGACCGGGGAGCGGAAGGAACAGGCCUAGCCUUGGCUCGUUCACCUUCGAGGAAUCGGAGAACGAGCGAAGACGGCUUUGGGAAGUGCCCGAGGAGGAAGAUAGGGCUGAGGUAUUGACGCUGAGCCUCACAGAUGUGAACAAGGCCAUGGAGGUGGUAUCGGCACAUGACAUGGCGGAUCCGGAAACCAUCAAGGCUUUGAGGGAGCAAGUUCUGGAGAACCCUCAGGUGGGAGAGGUCCGCGAGGGUAGGCCACUGAGAUUGGACACUCCAGCGCGUGACCCUUGGAAAGAAGAGGCCAUGGCGCAGAGAGGAGCAGUGGCAGGGCCCUCUGGACCUGCCUUGAGAAAGGGAGGGCAGAGGAGGGAACAGAGAAUCUCAAGGAACCUGGAGGAGCUGCCCAUUUACAGGGCUGGAGAUAGCCUGCGAGUUUUCCUGCGAGACCUUGAGGAGUACGCCUUAAGGAAAGAAUGGGGUGACAGGGAGAAGAUUGCGAAUCUGGCCGCUGAGAGGGGCGAAUGGAGCGAGGAGGAAAAGAGGAAGCAGUUGAUCGCAAGAUCAGACAAAGGCGAAAAAGAGGAAGUAAGAGGAAUUGUGGAAGGGAGUCGGACCUGGAAAAGGAUCACGGCAGAGUUGUGGAUGGCCUACACCCAGGCCAGACAAGACCGGACAAGAAAGGAAAGGCUGCAAAAUAAGGGGCUAUGGAUUGGAAGAGAGGUGACUGAGCCACAGGGGAAGGAGGAAGAGAAUGAAGAAGAGGAUAAUGUACCUCUGAAGAAGUUGAAGAACAAGGCGAGGGUCCCCCCCAAGAGCAGCAGCAAGGAAUCGGAGCAGGCUGAGGGAGAUGAACAAGAAGAGGAGGAGGCAGUAGAGGAGAGGAAAAGAAGUAUGGGGGCCAGUAUGGUACCAAGGAAGAAGAAACUUGGAAAGAAAAGGGCAAUUGAGAGUGAAAGGAAAGAGGUACAAGAAAGGGUGAGUGAAAAAGGGGAAGGAGUAGAAGAAGACGAAGAGGGAAAGGAGAUCUAGGGAGGAGGCAAGGCUCCCAAAGUCAAGAGAACUAAGGAAAAG